CCCGUCCUUCCUACAACCUUGCAACCACACAUUAGUUAUUCUGGUGUCUCCUGGGCCGCGUCAAGUCGCUGUUGGGGUGGGCACCGGCCCUUCAAACCGUUCAACGGAAAACCUUCCUGCUUUGAAGGAAUGUGUCAAUGCCAAAGAUCCACCGGCAACUUUCAGCGACGCCGUCGAGGUUUGUCGUAUGCUGAAAAUUAGCUACCUCUGGAUCGAUUCACUCUGCAUCAUUCAAAAUAACCCCCACGGACUGGGAGUAUGAAGCAGCACGUAUGGGGACGGUGUACAGCGAAGCUUUUAUCAUCAUCUGCUCUGCUUCUUCG